CCUCUGUCAACGGGUCCCACUCUUCCACUCUUUUCCUUUGCUUCUCUCUUCACUCUUCUCUUUUCAUGUAAACUCACAGAAUCAGAGAUAAGGCCCCAUCAUCAACCCUUUCAACUAACGAACCACUCUUCUUUCACUCUCCCUCCAAAGCCAAAGAAGGUAAACAUUAUCUCUCUUCUCUGUGUCUCCAAUCUCUCUUUUUGAUUCUACGACAAACCAAAACAAUCCUCAACUCUGUUUUUUCAUUUUUUUAAUAGCUGGCAGUUUUUUAUAGGGAAGAAUCGAACUGAUUUUGUUGUUGUCGUGUUUUUUUUUUUUUUUUCAACCACCUAGUAACAGAGUCGAUGUUGGGGGUGCAUUUGAAUAUUGAAGUUCUUGUGUGUGAUGCUGGUGUUAUUUUGUGGUUUUGUUGUUGAGGGUUGUGUUUGACAAUUGUCACCUAGAAACCAUGGCAUCAUCUCAUGGUAAUGCACACUUGGAGGCAGCGAAGAUGGAACAAAUAAUCACCGAGUUUUUCGCGAAGAGCCUUCACAUAAUACUUGAAUCGAGGGCACUUCAUGUGUCUUCGCGUAAUUCCUACGGCGAUCAAGCUGUUUCAUCUCCAUGUUCAUCGUCUUCAGGUUCGUCGAGUGUGAGACCGAGGGAUAAGCGGUUCAAUUUGGCGCUGCGGGAGUGUCACGUGGCGUUGGAGAACAUUGAUCUAUGGCGCCAGAGCAAUCGUGAGUACAUGGUGAUUGAUGUGAUUUUGGUGCAGAGGCCACUGGAAUGGGACCCUGUGGCUGUUAAUUUUUCUCCCAAAAGGGUUAUUCCUAGGAGUUAUUCACUUAAAUCGAGAUACCCUUUUGGGUGGAACAAUGAUCAGGAAGAGUUGGGGGUUGUGGCAAGGAGUGAAAAGAUUGUGGAGAGGUGGGUGGUGCAGUAUGAGAGCAAGAAAACAAGGGAUUCUAAUUCUGGCAAUAGGAGGUCAAGUAGUGUUGCUUUGCAUAACUUGUAUAAGAAAUUAACUUUACUUUUGAGGUCUUUGUAUGCCACUGUUAGGCUUUUACCUGCUUAUAAAAUCUUCAGAGACCUUAAUUCAUCUGGACAGAUUAGGUCCUUUACACUUGCUCAUCGUGUGUCUUCUUUUGUUGAGCCCUUCACCCGAAAAGAAGAUGCUGAAAUGAUGAAAUUUGGCUUCACCCCUGUCGAUACUUCUUCUGGUAGGUUGUGUCUUACAGUGAUGUAUUGCCCAUCAGCCUCAGAUGUGAGCUCUGAACCAUCAACUCCUAUGUCUCCACAAGUUAUAACUGACUAUGUUGGGAGUCCUUUGGCUGAUCCACUGAGGAGGUUUCCUUCUCUUCCUGUGGCAGGAUUCCCAUUGCAUGGCUCUCCAUCAUCGUUGCCGUCUUCAAGGCAACGCAGUUGGAGUUUUGACUAUUGUAGAGCAUCGCCUCCUUCUUGUUUACCAUCUCCUACUUAUUCAGAAUCACUCUCAUCGGUGUCUUAUGCAAGUUCUAGGCGUUUUCCACCUGCAAUUUUGCCUCCUCAUCCAACUGAGAUAUCUUUGAUUCAGAAGAAGAAUACAGGUUUUGAUGAGUAUUAUCCCUCUCCAUCACCUUCAACCAAUAAUUCUGGGUCGUUACCAUGUAAAACACUUUUACGAUCUGAAAGUGCCCCUGUUAGCAUACCUACUGCUGAAGUUGCUAAUUCCCCUGGAUACUCAAGUAGGCAUAAUUUGCCUCCCUCUCCUCCUCUAAGAGGUUCAAGGUGUACUUUUAAGAUUGAUAGAACUACAAACACAAUGCAAACAGGUGCAACGGUUGAGAAGUUUUCUCUUGGAAAAGAUGAGUUUCGAAGACAUUCUGGAGUCAAGAUAUCAGCUAACAGCUCACCACAGAUUUCAAUUUCCAGAAGCUCCAGUAGGUCUUAUCAGGAUGAUUUUGAUGAUACUGAUUUUACUUGUCCAUUUGAUGUGGAUGAUGAUGAUAUGACAGAUCCUGGAAGCAGAGCGGAAUCUUUAGAUCAUGGUCAUAUUGCUGAGACACUUGAAGCUGGAGGAUUCUUUCCUAUUAGGAAGUCUCAUGAUGCUGCUGUUGGUGCACUUGUACAUAUGCUGAAGAAAGCACCACCUCUCCGUCAAGAUUUCUCCACUUCAGAACACCUGUCACAAGGAACAGGUCCCGAAACCUGGAACAAUAACAAUCAAGAACCAAAUCAUGUCCUAGAGGCAUCAAGGCCAGUGAGCUUAAUGUCUUCUGGGAUCAUAGCCACUAGGAAAACAACAGCUGAUGCAUUGGAAGAGUUCCAAGGUUACAGAGAGAUGAAGAACUUGUUGCUUAUGCGAGGUGGUAAGCCACAGAUAUAGUACAUAUAUUAUACUACACUUAUGCUUCUGCCAAAUGGCAUUCAUGCUGAUGUUUUAAAUCCUUAAAACAUAUGUACAGCUUUGAACUUUUUUUCCCUUGAUAACCAGAAGAAUAUGUUCUUAGUUUUGAAAUUACGUGUAAAUAUGAUGAUUAAGUCUACUUGACUUUAGAUUUUGAUCUAUGAUCAGGCCUAAGCUGGCUGGCAUGAUACAGCCAUAUAUUAUUGUGUAUAAUAAAACUGCCAAUCCUUACUCACUGUAUAUAGCAUGGCAGAAGCUUCAUUUACAAGUUGUAGAUUCAUUAGCCCUUCUCUCGAUAUAUAGAAUUUUUAAUUAUGUUA